AUUCCUUUUAAGUAAUACUUAUGAUCCAGUUAUUUCCUUGUCCAAUAACAUAUAAGUUCUGUCAAGUAUAAAUCGUAGUAUAUUUUGAAAAUUCCAUAUAAAAACUGCUAUUAACUAAAUAAACGCAAAUUUUAAAUAAUAGAAAAUUUCUCAAUAUUUCCAAAUUAUACAUAAACAUAUAUUUUUUAUAAAAAAAUAUUUUUUCUUUCUCUGUUGUCAAAUAUAUUUGUUGAUAUUAAAUUUGAUUCAGUUUUGAUUAAGGCUGAUUUGCAAUUUUAAAGAAAUUUUACAUAUAAGUAAAUUUUAAAAAAAAACGCAAACAUGUUCUCAUUCGCCAGUACAUUUACUUUUGCCUUGUUAAUGAUAGCAGGCAGCAAUUCUUUUGAAACAGCUCCACAUGAUAAUGCAUGGGGUAGCAGUAUACACCUAAAGGGACAAUUUGGCGCAAGAACUAGCAGAUUGUUGAAAGGAGAAACGGAAUAUGCUUAUCCAAGCAGAUAUGCACAUUCAAAAGAAAGAAUAAUAGAUAUUUUAGAAGGUGACGAUUGUAAGGCUACAAGAAAAUAUAAGCCACUAGUGUAUGAUGACGAAUUUCUAAAUGUACAUAAUGAAUUAAGCUAUGAUAGAAAAUAUCAGAAAUCAGCUAAGCAAUUCAAAUCUGGAGACAACCAUAACAGAAAAUUUGGUGCAUUAAACAAAAGUGAUGAUUUAAACAGCUUAUAUGAUUCGUCGGAGUCUGUGAAUGAUGAUGUGUAUAAUUCAUUCGAUGACUUAAAAAGUGAUAUCGCUUAUGAUGAUUCAAGUGAUGAUUUAAGAGCUAACAAUUAUUUCGAACCAAUGUAUAUGCAAAGAAGAAAAAAAGGAUUUCUUGAAAAAGUAUUUCACGAAGGAACUAAAUUAGAAAUAGUUGAGGAUUCAAGCAUUGUUAAUUUUGUAAAAAAAAUUGAUUCUAAAGUUGAAUCAGAAAUAUUACGUUUCCUGAAAAGUGAGAACAAACAUUAUCAGAGUAAGCACAGACCCGAAAAUUCUUCGAGCUCUCUAGAAAGAUAUAAAAUAUUUAUGCCAUUCGUAGUUAACGUUUUCAUAAUAGUAUUAUGUGCAUUAAAUGGCGCAAUACCGGGUGUUAUUAUAUUUCAAAUAUUAGGAGUAGUGAUGGCACUUUACUAUAAGCGUAAAAAAGAUAAAUGUCAUAAAUUUUUGAAAAGAAGUAAAAAUGUAUCACGUAAGCGUCGCUAA